CUACGGGGGACGCAGUGAUAUGUUGUGCGUGUGGGAAGGCGACGAUGAGGUGGAGUUUUUCUUGCGUGUUCAUCUGACAUGGGGGUCGGGCUCCGGUGUUAAAAGAAGAAGCAGUAUCUGCUCCUGUUACGGAGCGGGUCUGUGCCGUUGAAAUAUGAUGGGAAGCCAGUUUAAUAUCAGGAGCUGGACCAGCAAACACGUGGCCAAGUGGCUAAAGGAGGAAGGCUUCAGUGAAUAUGUUGAUCUUCUUUGUAAUAAGCACAGACUAGAUGGUAUUGCCUUGUUAACUUUGACUGAAUAUGAUUUACGCUGCCCACCUUUAGAACUGAAAGUGUUGGGUGAUAUUAAAAGGCUUAUGGUAUCCAUUCGGAAGCUACAAAAGCAGCACAAAGACAUCUUGGCAGAGAUGGGCUACGCCAGUGAUGAGUGCCUUGCUGGUACUGUUGCACAUGCUGGUAAUUCAUCUCAAAGCAGAGACUGUCAGUGUAAUGGCGUUGAUCACUCCAGGGACUCGGUUUCUAGUGGAGACUUAAGAGCUGAACAAUAUCAGAAUGGCAAAUACUUCAAAUAUCAAACACGAAGACUUGACCCAGAGUUUUGGAAGACAGCUCUGAGUUCUGUUUAUGUAUUCAUAGUCUUUGGGUUUACGUCGAUUGUCAUGGUAGUAGUUCAUGAACGUGUGCCUGAUAUGCAAACAUACCCACCCCUACCAGACAUAUUCCUGGAUAGUGUCCCUCGAAUACCCUGGGCUUUUGCAAUGGCUGAAGUCUGUGGUGUUGUGCUCUGCAGCAUUUGGUUGUUGCUGUUGCUGCUUCAUAAGCAUCGGUCUAUCCUAUUUCGUCGCAUGUGUAGCCUGAUGGGAACGGUGUUUCUAUUGCGUUGUGUUACUAUGUUUGUUACCUCACUUUCUGUGCCUGGCCAUCAUCUGCAGUGUUCUGGAAAAUUGUAUGGAGAUGUAUGGGCCAAGUUUCAACGAGCACUUGCAAUUUGGAGUGGUUUUGGAAUGACUCUAACAGGCGUGCAUACUUGCGGAGACUACAUGUUCAGUGGGCAUACAGUUGUUAUUACCAUGCUUAACUUCUUUGUCACAGAAUAUACUCCAAGAAGCUGGAACUUCUUGCACACCUUGUCUUGGGUGUUGAACCUGUUCGGGAUCUUCUUUAUCCUUGCUGCACAUGAACAUUAUUCAAUUGAUGUCUUCAUCGCAUUUUAUAUUACCACAAGACUCUUUUUGUAUUACCAUACACUAGCCAACACUCGGGCCUAUCAGCAAAGCCGAAGAGCACGGAUUUGGUUCCCAAUGUUUUCAUUUUUUGAAUGUAAUGUCAAUGGCCCUGUACCAAAUGAAUAUAGCUGGCCACUUUCUAAACCGAGACUAUUGAAAUCCCUAAUAGGAUAAAUAGUAGUCAAUAUGAAUGAGUUAUCUUACAUUUGUUAGGAAAAUACAUUAUUAAUGGAGCAAUAGUUGGUUUUACACCCAAGAUUAGUACAAUGGCUUGUGUCAAGCCAGGUGCAAACAUAAAGUGGAAAGGAGACUUUGAUACAAAUUAAUUGGUGGUUAGGUUGAUUCAUGAUUAGUCCACUAAAUUGGAAAUGUACUUUCCCCAAAUAAGUCAAAGUGUCUUAAUUUGGGAAUUUUUGCUGCAUUUGGUGGCCUUAUGCAGUGUGUGUGUUUUGAACAGGCAAGCAUUUCACCCAGGAGCGACAGUGUGCCUGAUGGACCACCAAGUUUCCAGCCUUGGUUAUGAUAAUGAAAAAGCAGUGGGAAUCCCAUAGAGUAAAGCUGCAAGGAAAGAAAGUUUUGUUAUCCUGCAGAGGACGGUUAACUUUUUUAAGUUGGUGAGAAUCUGGAAUUUUUCAGAGUAUUUGAAAGAAUUUUUCAUAGUGGCAAGUUUUUUUAAGAGUAUUUCCUUUAAAAAAUAAUCCACUUAUGGAGUUUUUUUUUCUUCCUGAUGUUUUAUUUCUGGGAGAUGUGUUUUCAUACUUGCUAAAGGCAACACUACAAAAACCUAACAGAAAUCUGUGGAAAAAAAGCCAAUGGAAGUGUCUUCAUUAUGUGGUAUAAUCAGUAUCGUCUUGAAUAUCACAUGGGCAUUCAACCAAAAAUUACUGUGUCUGUUCUUCAAGCAAUAAAAAAAUUUUGUUCAAUUCUAUCCCGUUGUGGGAUAUAUAUAUAGGUCUUAAUCAUUUUUGUUUUGAGGUGUUUACCUGUUAGCUGUAGCUUCACUUCAUCUCUUUACAGACCUCAAAUCUUACAUACAGUAUUAAUAGUGUAACGUAACUCCUGGAAAUUAGUCCUCUCAAUGCAUGUGUAGAUGAAAAUUCAAAGAACCACUUAUAAUCUCUUUACAUAGCAUUUACUAGAGUACGCUAUUUGCAAUGAAUAGUUAUUUGAAUGAUUAAGAUAUAAUUAGGCACAACUCUAAAAAGUUAAGUAGUUCUUAAUUUUUAAAAGGUGUUGAGCAUUGAUACCGUUGAAUAGUUUACUAUGCAGAACUUACUUCUGGUUGGUAGAAUCACUACUGUAAUUUUGUAGGUAUUGUGAUGGUCUUAGUCUUUAGUGACCUGUCAUGAGAACCUUUUACAUGUUGAUUUGGUUUAUUUUGCCUGGGUUUAAAAACUUUCAUGGACUCAUACCUUGGUGGUUAUAAGACACCAGGCACACAUUACUGAUCUAAAAAUGUAUGAAUAUAUUUUGACAGUUGUGUAAAGAAAUUAACACUACAGUUUUAGUUUCCUUCAAUCAGCCAUUAUCAACAUUUAAUUGAAACAGACUGAAUUAUAAUGUAUAUCGUAAGCAGAAUUCCACUGUAUUUCAAUGCAAAUAAUUACCCUCUGAUAAUUAUUGUGGGAGGGUUUUCCUGCUGUUAAGUUUACAGGUUUAAACAUAAGGGGCUGACAUUUUAUAUAUCUGUCAGGUUCUUUUUAUUACUUUUAGAUUUUGUUUUUGAAGUGUGUGUAUGUCUCAUGGUGCUGAUCGUUAUUUUGUUGGAAAUGGAAUGGCAUCAGCAAUGCAAAUGACCGGUUAAAACCAUUUUUUGCGGGAUCUGCUCAUCAUUGGCUCUGCAGUUCCUUGAAGUGUUUUGUUCCACAGUUGAAAAUCACAAUUAGUUUGAAAUAUUCUAACUUGUGUCUUGUAUUGGGUAAUGACUAAAAUCAAUAUUAGUUGACAUUGAAACACUUGCCAACUUUAGUUUGUCACUUGAAGUGUUUUGCAAUUCAUAUAUUCAAAUAUUCAUUCUCCAAAUUGUCACCAAAAGUUUACCACUGCCUGGUUAAAUAUAGGUGUGUCUCACAGUAAUGUGUUACCUUUUGUAUUAAACAACAUCAGCAAGUUCAGAAUUGGCUGCUUUUGUCUGGAGCAUAUGUCAGUUACCUAGGUAUUAAACUGAAAAGCAAAGCAUUUCCCUGCAUGUGUGAUUAAUUGUAUAAGUCUUCUAUAUAUAUAAAAAUAACCUGUAGCACUGAAUCUGAAUGAGGUGACUGUACCAUGCUCACAACUGGUUGUCAGUAAUUGAUUGUUUACAUUCCAUUCAUUUUGAUAGCUGUCUAAUGAUGCAAAUUGAAUUCUACUCCACUUUAAUGUUAGUUCCCUGAACUGUAUGUGUUACAAAUCUUUAUAGCAGAUCUAAUAAUUUUAGCUUUAGAAUGAUGAAAUAUGUAUGAAUGAGUUUUUUUGCAUGCACUGAAAACUUUUUUUGAAAAAUUAAUAUUCUUGAAGGCAACUGACAUAAAAAGGCAAAUUUUUAAUAAAUGGUUGUGUUAUCAUAUGGCUACACUGACAAAAAUUGUCUGUGGUCAUCCACAAACCCUGCUAAAUAUUUUUGAUAUUGAAUGUUAUUUUCCUGGUCUUCCUGAGUCAACAGUUUUUCAGUUUCCAAGUUCAGUUCAAAAAUGAUGAGCUCUGUGGCUUGCAAGAGGUGAAAUAUAUUCCUCCCCCCUCCUGCUUUAUUACAAAAUAGUAAGUAAUUUUUUUAGUUCUUGAAUAAUAUUGCAAAAUUGCAUGUUUAAUACACCCCUUUCUGCAGUCAAAUUUUUAACUCUGUCUCAAAACAGAGUUGCAGACAGUGUGAUAAUGAUCACUUUUGGAAAAGAUUGUUUCGCUUUUGUCCUAUGUUGUUCCAUUUAAUUGGCUUUAACUGAUCAGCCACUUUUAUCGAAAAUUUCACAUUGUUGCUUUGUCACAUCAAGCAUGUAUGUUGCAAUGUUUAUGUAACAAUCCCAGUGUGAAACAAACAUAAAUUUUAGGUUUAAUUGUGAAACAACUGAAAUAACCACCCCCAGUUUCUGCAUGCAUUGCCAACUCCCACAUAGUCAUCGAUGAAAUUGGCUGCUUUAGUCCUAUAACCAUUAGAAACUUGCAAUUGCUUGAAACGCUAUGACGACAAUUGUCGGGAAAGGAUUAGGUCAGGAAAUGUUGACAGAGGAUGAUGACCAGAGAUGAGCUUAUUUUUCACUCUAUCCUGAUAUUUGUUCUUUUUCUUGAAUUAUAUAUUAGUGGCUGAUAUUUAUUGGGUAGAAUUCUUUAGGCACAUCUUCUGCGUGUAAUGCAAGUAAACUUGUACACCAGAAUAUUGUGGCUGGGUACUGUUGCUCACAGCUAACUCCUCAAUGCUACAAGAACCAAAUUGAAAUGCAGAACAGACUAUCAUGCAGAAUAUCUGCUGCUUGAUGUCUUGCGGGAGAAAAGUGCUGAGAGGGAUAGUGACUUUUUAAAAUCUGUUCUAAUGUUCUGUGCACAUUCUUGGGGUUCCCUUGAACUUUGAAAUGUGUGUGGUAGUCACAAAUUUGAGAUAUUCUAAUAUUGUUACAGUGAUGUUAAAUGCAUUUGUUUUUUUCCUCCUGCUAUUCUUCAUUUCAAGAUAGUGAGCUAAUAAACUGUUCGCAAGCCUUUUCCCAAAAUCAUCUUGAGUUGGAUGUUAGAGCUGCCAAUGGCAUGGCUUUAUUCUGACUAAUUCAUUAUGGCCAUCCACCCAGUGGGAAGACUGAUAGAGUGUUUGAAGCUAGAGCAAUACACCACAUCAGCCAUUUCCAAAGAUAAGGCAGCUUAAUAAAUUUUGUACCUUAAGGAAUGUAAUAGGGGACCAUUUUGCUACAAGAGCUUUCCUUCUCUAGUAAUCUGAGCAACUAGAAAAAGCCAAACCACGUUUUGUUGGAAAAUAGGCAUUUUAACUUCUGACUAGGCAGCACCUUGAUGCCAUUGCAGAGCGAAAGGUUGAGUCAUACUAAUUGUCAAGGAAACAAGAAUUUAUUAGUGGCUAUAGAAUUCAAAAUAGGAAAAUUUGCAAGUUAUAUGAAUUAUUCUAAAAUGAUAAAACAUUAUAUUUCAAUCUUUAUUACUUGGGUUUUGUUGACUACUUGUGCUUUCUACCUUGCUAUUUUCUUCUUCUCAACACGCAGAACCCACACCUUCCCUUUCCCUGAAUAGGACAUCGUCUUGUAAUAUUUGCACAAUUAGAAUUGUUGAUGUGACCUUGGAAAGAAGGGAUAAAUAAGACUAAGAGGAUUGAAGCAAAGGAAACAUGGCAGCACAACAGUAAAAGCUAUUUAUAUUUUUUUGCAAAACACAAACUGCAUGUAGCAGCUAUUUAGGGUGAAUCUGAACUUGAUGCUGCAAGGACGUGGCUAGUUAUGCAAGGCAGGGUGGAAAGGUGGCCUUCCUCAUGCCCUAAAGUAAUCAUCUUUAUAAGAUUAUAAGUUUUUUUUUUAAAAAUAAACAUUCAAUGUCAAAAAUUCCAAAAAAUAGUUCACUUUAGGGUGGUUUUGGGGCUUGUGUAUGAUUGUGCAAUACAGAAGUGUUUGAUGUAAACCAGUGACAACAUUAGAAAAAAGAAACAAAAUUUACCUAAUACGUUAUUUGUCCCAAGCACCCCAUUAUUUCCCUUUUUUAUAAAAAGUAUACAGGUAUAUAUUUAGAAUGAAACACAAAGUAAAAUAACUUAAUAUGCUGUUUUCAUUUGAGUUUAAAUGCUAUUCAGUAUUAAAUGUUAUUAAAUAAGUUUGGAUCAGAGGUAUUUAAUGUUUACAUUUACAUUGUUUGUCUUACUGAAAUUAAUAAAGUGAACUAAAUGAAACAGUAAUGUUUUGCAGAUUCCUGUACAUCAGCUCAGUGUAGUUAUAUCACUAUAAUGGUGCCUUUUCUUGCUGGCAUCUAGUAAGAAUUCCGGAAUGAUUUUGUGUAUAACUUUAAAUAAAUUU